AUGCUAAGAUAUUCAUUGGCAUUAAGAUCUGCUGCAUCGGGGAUUGCAACCAAUCUCAUUCCUGCAGAGGCAGCUCUUCUAGAGACUUCUGGGUUUAUUCAUCGUGUAAAAGUACUCAACCUUCCCACCAAAGACAUGAACUCUGUCUCUACUCUUUUCAAGUCAUUGGGAGUAAAACAGUUUAAAAAGUCUCCUAGAUGGGACUAUGCCUAUAUCAAUUUCAAGACUGAAGAAGCUGCAAGAGAAGCAAUGCAGAAAUUAGAAGGAACUCAGUUGAGAAAAAACACAAUUGCAACCGAGUAUUCUAGUAUUUCUGAAGAAGCCUUUAAUAAACGCCACGAAGACAAAAGAAAAGAGGCUAGUGAGAUACUCUCGAAUGAUUCACGUACACCAGCAGAGAAACUUGCUGAUCAAGUAACCCCUCUAUACAAAAUCCCUUAUGACGAACAACUAAAGACAAAGAACAAAUCCGGGAUAAAGCAUAUAUUUAAACUGAAGAAAGAAAUUGCCAGACUUAAAGAUGUCAGUGACGAAGGAAAGGCCCAAAUUUCAUGGGCUUUUGAUCAUGAAAACAAACCUUGCAAGUUCCUGGAUCCUAUUGCUUCUCCAGAAAUUAAUGGAUAUCGUACGAAAUGCGAUUUCAGUAUUGGAACUGACUUGGAAGGCAAUAAGAGUGUCGGCUUCCAACUUGGAUUAUAUCGCGAUGGAAUUAUAUCUGUCCUGGACCCUGCUGAUUGUCUCAAUGUUCCUGACACAGCAAAGACAAUCGUGAAAUCUGUACAGGACUAUAUACGAUUUUCUGAAUACGAUGUCUACGAUAAAGUUUCAAAACAAGGUGUUUGGAGAGCGCUUACAACCAAGACACAGAAAUCUGGAGAUGUUAUGGUGGUCGUUCAAAUGAACACCGAAACCUUAUCGGAAGAGCAGGUUUCCAAAGAAAAGAUCAAAUUGGCAGACUACCUGACCAACCUUAAAACCCCUAGUAAUGAAAAGGUUAAUAUCAAGACAAUCUUACUUCAGAUAUGGAAUGGUGUUUCGAAUGGAAUGAACGAAAAGGCCACUACAGAAGUAUUGACUGGUGAUGGUUAUGUCUAUGAAGAUCUUUUAGGCUCAAAGUUUCGCAUUUCUAAUAAUGCAUUCUUUCAAAUCAACACACCUGCUACGGAGCUUCUGUACUCAAAAUGCGCUGAAUGGUGUGAGAUAGAUUCAGCAAAGAAGACCACUGUGCUGGAUAUUUGCUGUGGUACCGGUACGAUUGGUAUAUCCAUGGCCAAGAAAGUAGACCAAGUUAUUGGUAUUGAUAUGGUUCCGGAAGCUAUUGUUGAUGCCAACUUCAAUGCAGAAAUGAAUGGUGUAUCCAAUGUAAAAUAUUUUGCUAGUAAAAUAGAGGAUAAAAUUGACCUCCUCAUAAAGUCAAAUAAUGAACAAGUUGUGGCUGUAUUGGACCCUCCAAGAAAUGGAGUCCAUUCAACUGUUAUUCGUGCUUUGCGUGAAUCCACCCAAAUCAAAAAAGUGAUUUAUAUAAGCUGUGAUGCCAAACAGGCACAACCAAACUUUAUUGGCUUGUGUCGACCAAUAUCUAAACGAUACUUGGGAACUCCAUUUAAACCUUCCCGGGCAAUCUCUGUCGACCUGUUCCCUCACACAGAACACUGUGAGCUAAUGGUUGAAUUUGUAAGAGAUUAA